AUGACGAACGUAUCGCCCGUUUGGCGGGACGACGAUACUCCUCAGAUGGACGCCAAUCCACUAGCCGAACCGGACACUGAUCCGGACAAACAUGUGUAUAAGGGAAAAGGGCGGGCCGGCGACAUCGUCGACGCUAUUGGCACCAAUAUUGAGGCCUCAACAUCGAGAUUUACCACCAAAGAAGAUGCUCAUGGCGACGAAGAGGGUGACAAAGACAGCGAGAACGACGAAGAUGAGGACGAGGAAGACGAAGAUGAAGACGAAGACGAGGAUGAGGACGAGGAGGAAGACGAGGAGGAAGACGAAGAUGAGGAGGAUGAAGAACCGAGACUCAAAUACGCUCGCUUGACACAACAUCUUGGUCCUGUUUAUCGCAACGGCGAUGCUACAAGCGCUUUUCUAGUGGCUGGCGACAAGAUGAUCAUUGGAACACAUAACGGCAACAUACACAUUAUACAAUUACCAAUGUUUCAGACCCUUCGCGUUUACCACGCUCACUCGGCGUCUGUUACCGGGAUCUCGAUAUCUCCUUAUCCCCCGCCACUACCAACAGAGAAAACCGAGAAAAUCUUGAAAGGCACCUCCCAGAACACGACGGGUGUGCCAAGGCCGGGGUCAAGACAUUCAGAGGCUUCUCCAGCAGCUGCUUCGCGUCGAUCAAGAGAGCCGCACUCAAUCCCGAACACCCCUUCCAAUAAUAUCCAUAUCGCCACGUCAUCCAUGGAUGGCAAUGUUUGCGUACAAAGUCUGGUUGAUUUGAAGGAUGUGCAGUUGCGCAACUUUGCGAGGCCUGUACAGACGGUCGCCGUCUCUCCGGACUUCAGAAAUGACCGAACAUACCUCUCAGGGGGCACUGCAGGGCAGCUUAUACUCACUGUUGGCGGUCCCACUGGCCGCAGUACCUCGACAACUAUUGGCACUGCAGCGGCUGCGGCAUCGGGCUGGCUGGGUAGUAUGGGACUUGGGGCAAACACUGGCCGUGACACCGUUCUGCACUCAGGGGAAGGCACAGUGAGUAACAUCAAAUGGUCCUUGUCUGGUAAAUAUGUCGUAUGGCUCAACGAGACUGGAGUCAAAAUCAUGCGGAGCAAUUCGCAACUACAAACCACGGAUUCUGAUGACGCAUGGAAACGCAUUGGACAUGUUGAUCGACCGCAAACAGACGAGUGGGAGGCCAUGGCUGGUGUCUGGAAAGGAAGGGUCGAGUGGAUUGACGAACAGACUGUCGAAGUGGAUGACGAACCGGGUCGUGAGGAUGCGGCUCCGUCAAUAGUUGGCGAGAACUCUCAGCAACAACAAAUUCUGAUCACCAAGAAGAUCGAACGGCUCAUCGUUGGCUGGGGUGGCACCAUCUGGAUAAUCCAUGUACACCCUGGUGGCAUUGGUACUGGCCUAAAUGCCGGCGAGAAGUCUAUUGGGCGUGCAGAAAUCGCUAAACAUCUCCGUAUGGACUGUACCAUCUCCGGCAUAUCGCUAUACAGCCAAAACCUCCUCUUGGUGCUUGCUUAUGGCCACCCGGGAGGCGAAGACGAUGGCGAUAACGAGGAAGAAAGCAGAGCAAGGAGCCAACACCACAAAUCCCACUCAUCCGCCGCUUCGACAGGUACAGUGAGUAGUGAGCCAUCAGGUGGCAUCCGAAGACGACAAAAUAAUCCGCCACCUGAGCUGCGUCUGAUCGAUUUGGCUUCACAAUCCGAAGUUGACAAAGACGAUGGCCUCAUCGUCAGCCGGUACGAGAGGCUUUCGUCAGGAGACUAUCACCUCGGCGUGCUCCCUGCUCGCAAUGCUGCUUCGGCUGUGGCCUCUUCAAAGGGCGCUCUCGAAUCCUUGGCCGGUUUUGGCAACGAUGUGUGGAAUGCUGCUAUCAACCCCAAAUCACUGUUCAGUUCGGGAGUUAGCACCAAGUCUAAAAACAGCAAUGACGGAGGCUCGAGCAACGCUGGCAGUAUGAAACCGGGACUUUCACGCGCGGCAGUGCCGUCCGUACAUCCAAAUCUCCUCAAACCAGGGUCUAAAAUCUUUAUCCACAGCCCCUAUGAUUGUAUUCUUGCUACGAAGAGGGACCUUGGGGAUCACUUGAACUGGCUUCUGGAGCAUCAUCAGUACCAAAAGGCCUGGGAGCUAUUGGAUGACAAUCCUGACAUUAUGGCACCGUCACCUCCCAAGCUUGGCGAGGUUGGACCACCAACACCGGAUAAGAUCAACACGGCCGCAGAAGCAGUGUUCGACGACGCGUCGUCUGUGGUCGAGUCAGUUACCGCAGCAAGACAAGCCAACUCGACGGCUCAAAAGGAGAAGCGACGCAUUGGCGAGCUCUGGAUCCGAGAUCUCGUUGAAGCCGGCGACUGGGUGGCAGCGGGACAAGUCUGCGCCAAAGUUCUGGGAUCAUCUGAUAGAUGGGAGAAGUGGGUUUGGAAUUUCGCAAGCGCCAACAAGUUUGACGAUAUUGCACACCACAUUCCUGCGCAGUCGAUGCACCCUCCACUUUCUAGUGCGAUAUAUGAGGUCGUCUUGAACCACUACAUUCAGGCGGACAAGGUGCGAUUCAGAGAUUUGCUCGACAGAUGGCCCAGUGAACUUUUCGACAUCAAUACGGUCACAACGGCCUUGGAGAAUCAGCUCAAGUAUCGCGAUGUGAGGGAGGAUAGUGUCGAAGCUGGCGAGAGGGGUCGUGAUUGGCGCAUCGUCAUGGAGUCGCUGGCAAAAUUGCAUGAGCUGAACGGCCGAUACAGGGAAUCGCUUAAGUGCCACAUCAAGCUACAGGACGCGGACUCAGCCUUCCGGAUGAUUCGAGAGAACCACUUAGCAGAUGCCGUGGUCGACGAUAUCCCAAGUUUUAUCGGCUUAAGGGUACCCUCUCACGAGCUUAACAAGAUGAGUGAGUUUGAUCUCGAGGAAGCUACAUCUGAGGCCAUCACAUUACUUGUCGACGAAGCACAGCACGGACUUGUCCGGCCAGCAACCGUAGUGACACAACUUGAGGAAAGAGAUCUCACUCUUUUCCUUUACUUCUACCUGCGGGGCCUGUAUAAGGGUGAAGGCAUCGAGGAACAUACCGGCGAGAAUCGUGAAAGACUGCAGCAAGAGAGUAAGUAUCUGGUGGACGACUUUGCCGAUAAAGCAGUUCAGCUUUUUGCUAAGUAUGACCGAUCGAUACUCAUGGACUUCCUCCGCUCAUCCACUUCGUAUGCAUUCGAGAAAGCGACACAAGAAUGUGAGCGGUAUCGAUAUGACGACGAGUUGGUCUAUUUAUAUUCCAAAACAGGUCAAAUGAAACGAGCGCUGUUUCUCAUUAUCGACCGGCUCAAGAACGUCAAGAAAGCAAUUGAAUUCGCCAAGGAACAGGACGAUCCCGAUCUGUGGAGUGAUUUGCUUGAUUACAGUAUGGACAAGCCAAAGUUCAUUCGCGGACUUCUCGAACAAGUCGGCACAUCCAUCAAUCCGAUUACGCUAGUUCGACGAAUACCUGAAGGCCUCGAAAUCGAAGGAUUACGCGAGGGUCUUGCUCAUAUCAUGAAAGAGCAUGAGAUUCAAUUCAGCAUCAGCUUAGGCGUCGCGCGUGUCCUCCGCAGUGAGGUUGCCGCAGCGCAGAAUGAACUACGCAUCGGCCAACGUAAGGGCAUCAAAUUCGAGGUUGAAGUGCAGGGACGAGAUCACGUUGAUCUGUCUGUGCAAGAGGUACCAGCACCACCUGUCAAGGCCGAGGAGGUUCAGCAAACGCUUGAGGACGAUCACACGGCGGGAAAGGACGUUCAGUCGCCAGCACAUGCCAAUUUCCAAGGACCUCCCAAGCCAGGCCACUGUGCUCAAUGUCAAGAGGCUUUCACGGACUUUGAGAUGGAGACCUUGAUUGGGUUCGCGUGUAGCCAUGUUUUUCAUUUGUCGCAUUUGUUAGAGGCUCUAUACCCCGGAAAGAAGCAGGAGGUGGACUUGGGUGCUGAUGUGGCUGAUCGACCUGGCCAUGGGUGGCGUGUUGGACCUAAGGUGACGCAUGCGCGGCUGAUGAAAAAUAAGAUUCGUGAAGGAUGCCCAGUAUGUAAGAGACCUAGUUAG